AUGGCUCGUUCCACCAGAAGGUCCAGAGUCGUUUCGUCCAGUGAUAAUGAAGAUUCCAGUGCAAGAAGAUCUAGAAGAAAUGUUCUGUACGUGGAAGAAAGUGACGAUGAGAAUGGCCUUCUCGGCGAUGCAGAAGAGCCUGCGGAUGAAUUGGCGAGCAUACCAUCGGGAAACGAUAAGCCAGCACAAGAUGAUAAUUAUGACGAGGAUUUUUCCGAAAGUGAACCGGAAGUAAUGCCAAAAAGAAAGAGAAGGAAAAGGUCGUCUCGGGCAGAAAGAGGCAGAAACUCCGACGACUCAGACUUUCAAGACAUAGGUGAUUCCGAAGAGGACCAGAUUUCUGACGCAUAUGACGAAGACGAUGCCUUCAUGGAAAAACUACGAGAAAAGCAAUUUAUCGCAUCUGAAGAUGACGAUGAACAGGCGGGAAGUAGUUACUUCAGUACUAGAAGACGUCGUGCUAAAUCCAGGUCUAGAUCUACCGAUCCCAAACCAUCAAGACGACUUACGCGUGCAAACGAGACCGGGGCAGAAGCUGAUGACGAGGAAGGCGAAGAGGAUAGCAUUAACCAAGAAAUCCAGGAUUUAUACGACUCUUCUCCCGAUCAGAGUCCAGUAAAGCACAAACUUCGUGAAAGGGAAAAAAUUGAUUAUACAAUUCCACCUCCGAUCACAAAUGAUACGGAACUCUACGCUGGCGUACCUACCUCGCAAUCCUUCCGGUCUCGAGGGAAGAAAAACAACAGCAAAAGCGACUUCCGAAAGCUUCUCUUUCCCACCGCUGGACCUUUUGGUGGUAGCGAUGUUAUUUCGAUUUUAGGCCAAAACAUACCUCCUGGUGGGAUCCCUAUUCCUGGUAUGACUGCCGAAAAUUCUGGCCCAGUUCAUUUUAACAACGAUUCAGAUUCUUCUGAUGAUGAUUUCACUCCUGUUGCUGGUACACUUCUGGCUCCUUCUGCUUCAAACUUUGGUCCCACAAACAAUAUCGUAAAUCAUACAAAGAUCAUUGGAGCUUCAUCUUCUACAGAUAAGAAGAAGAAAAAUACUUUGAGUGAUACAGAUCCGUUAGGUGUGGACAUGAAUAUUGACUUUUCGUCUGUUGGCGGUCUAGACAACUACAUCGAUCAGCUCAAGGAGAUGGUUGCCUUGCCACUUUUGUAUCCUGAACUAUACCAGAAUUUCUCCAUCACGCCGCCACGUGGUGUCUUAUUCCACGGUCCUCCUGGAACUGGUAAAACGUUAAUGGCAAGGGCCCUUGCUGCAAGCUGUUCCACCCCCUCUCGAAAAAUUACCUUUUUUAUGCGUAAAGGUGCUGAUUGUUUAAGUAAGUGGGUUGGUGAGGCUGAGAGACAAUUAAGACUUCUAUUUGAAGAAGCUAAGAACCAACAACCUUCAAUUAUCUUUUUCGAUGAAAUUGAUGGAUUGGCUCCCGUACGUUCGUCUAAACAGGAACAGAUUCACGCUAGUAUCGUCUCCACUUUACUCGCAUUAAUGGACGGAAUGGAUAAUAGGGGACAAGUAAUUGUCAUUGGUGCGACAAAUAGGCCAGAUUCUGUGGAUCCAGCAUUGAGAAGACCUGGUCGUUUUGACCGUGAGUUCUAUUUCCCUCUUCCUGAUAUUGAGGCUAGAAAGCAAAUUUUGAAUAUCCACACGAGGAAAUGGACGCCGCCUUUACCUCCUGUGUUUAUCGAAAAAGUAGCAAAGUUAACAAAGGGGUACGGUGGUGCUGAUUUGAGGGCUUUAUGUACCGAAGCUGCAUUGAACUCGAUCCAAAGAAAAUACCCUCAAAUCUACCAAUCGUCUGAUAAAUUGAAGGUAGAUCCUUCAAAAGUGAAAGUUAUUGCUAAGGACUUCAUGCGUGCUAUUGACAAAAUUGUUCCAUCAAGUGCUAGAUCGUCGUCUACUGGCUCUUCACCGUUGCCCGAAAGACUUCAACCUCUACUCCAGGAGUCUCUUGAUAAGAUUAUUAACCGAUUGGCUGACCUAUUACCGGACGCAGUUGGUGUUGGAAGACAGAAGAGGCUUACUAACCUUGAGGAAGCGAAGUAUUUGGAUCCUACUAUUAAGGAUAGUGAUGGAGGAUUCUCUAAACACGAGCUUUUGAAGAGUUUAGAAAGUUCAAGAAUCUGCAAGCCUCAUUUAUUAAUCUGCGGCGAAAAGGGAUCUGGGCAGCAAUACCUUGGUGCAGCAGUUUUGAAUGUAUUGGAAGGAUUUCAGGUUCAGAAUCUUGAUUUAGCAACUAUGUUUGGUGAUGUUACGAGAACUCCAGAACUGUGUAUUGUGCAAACAUUUAUUGAAGCAAGACGUCACCAACCAUCGAUUAUCUUCAUUCCCAACAUCGAUACAUGGUUUAAUGUGAUGCCGCAAUCAGCAAAAGCUGUGCUAUCUGGCUUGCUUCGGAAUCUCAGAAGUGACGAAAAAAUCCUUCUUUUGGGAAUUGCUGAAAGAAGCUAUGAGGAAUUGGACGUGGAGAUAAAGAUGACGUUGGGAUUUUCUGGUGAUCUGAACAAUGUUGCCUUAACAAACCCUACCGCUGAAGCUCGUAAGACGUUCUUUGUUUCUGUUGAAAAGGCACUUUUGAUGAAACCAUACGAAUUUUUGAAUGAUUUGGAGAAUAGGCCAAAGCGGAGAUUGAAGCAAUUACCUGUGGUCCCUCCCGAAAGCACUCCAACUAAUGAUCUUUCUAGAAAGCGACAAAAACAGCAAGAUUAUCAGGAUAAGAGACUAAAGAAUAUGUUGAAAAUCAAACUUGCUGGAUUGAUGGACCUCUUUAAGAAUAGGUACAAGAGAUUCAAAAAACCAAUUGUUGAUGACAGCUUGUUGCAUCAUUUGUUUGAACCUAGUGUUUUAGAGAAUCCAAUGUAUGAGGUGGCAUAUGUUAUAGAAGAUACACCAGAGCAUCCAAACAUGAUAAAGGAGCUCGCGACAGGAAAAUAUUUUUACAAUAUGGACUUGGAUACAAUAGAGGAAAGAAUUUGGAAUGGUUACUAUUCUGAAGCAAAGCAAUUCUUGAAGGACAUACGUAUGAUUGUGAAGGACGCUAUUUCCACUGGAGAUAGGGAGCGCAUCUUAAAGGCAAACGAGAUGUUAACAAAUGCACAAUUCGGUAUUGACGACUUCAAUAAUCCUGAAUUUGCUGCUGAGUGUAAAGCAUUACGUGCUCGUGAGAUUGAGAAGCAGAAGAAGCUUGUUUCUGAAUACGAGAAGCUCAAGGAAGAAUUUUCGAAAAAGCAAGAAGCAAAUUUGAGAAGUUUAGAAAAUGAUCCAUCUAUACUUAAUGGACAUGCGGCAGAGGCUGAAUUGAAACUUCUUGGGCAUCCAUACGACGCUUCAAUUCUUGAAAAAGUUGACAAUGGACCAAAAGUACCUAACGGCUCAGUUGAUACGAAAGAAGAUCAAGCACACAGAAAUGGAGAAGAUGAAAAAGCAGGAGAGGAAAAAGAGGAGGGCGUAAAAACUGACAAUGACAGUUUCAUGGUUAUUACUCCACCGCAUGAAGCGUCUAAAGAUAAGGAAAACGGACCUGUUCCUGCUUCUGCCAAUGCUGAAGCGGAUAUGGGAGCGAAUUCAAUGAAUGACGUAGAGAAUACAGCAGAGACUUUGGAUGAAAGCGAGUCAGAAGCUGAGGUUGAAGAUCAAAUACACCCAACGAGAGAACUAAUAGUUCCCGAAGAAACAAAAAAACUUUUUGAAGAGAUAAUGAUCAACGAAACGGAAGGUUUUACAGUGGAACAGCUAGAACAUUUUGUGGCACGGUUGAUGGAAGUCAUUUGGGCCGACCGUGGCAAAUGGGAUAAAACAGGCACUGUCGCCAUGCUUAAGGAAGUGAUUAAGCACAUAUAG